AGGUGUUCCUGAACACAUCAGCAGUGUUGUUUUCUUGUAGUCAAGUGGGCAUGAAUGUGUCGAGUUUUGUAGAGUUUUAAGAUAGUUUGCUAUUAGUUGACAACAUGUUGUUCAAAGUAUCGUGGUAACACAUUUAUUUGGACGUGAGGGCUGCUAAGUGUACUUAUCUGAAGGUUGCUAUAUUGUGCUUCAACCAAAGCUGUAAGCUAGCAGCUAGCCUCUUCUGCUAAAUAACAGAAGACUGCCCUCUGAAACUGAGACGUUUGGUUGAGAUGCUGAUCAUGACCUCUCGAAUAGAGUGUAUAUUUUUCAGUGAAUUUCACCCCACCCUGGGUCCAAAGAUAAGAUAUCAGGUCCCAGAGGAAUACAUUUCACGGGAGCUCUUUGACACCGUGCAGGUUUAUAUCAUCACCAAGCCAGAACUGCAAAACAAAUUGAUAACAGUCACUGCCAUGGGAAAAAAGUUAAUAGGAUGUCCGGUGUGCAUCGAGCAUAAAAAGUACAGCAGAAAUGCGCUGCUGUUUAACCUCGGCCUGGUUUGUGACGCUCAAACCAACACGUGUGCACUGGAGCCGAUCGUCAAGAAGCUGUCAGGGUACCUCACAACUUUGGAGCUGGAGAGUGAAUUUAUAUCCAAUGAAGAGAGCAAGCAGAAACUGUUACCCAUUAUGUCCACCCUGUUAGAAGAACUGAACGCCACAGGAGCCUGCACCCUACCCAUAGAUGAGUCCAACACCAUCCACCUGAAGCUGAUCCAGCUGCGAAAGGACCCCCCCAUCGUCCAGGAGUACGACGUGCCCGUCUUCACGCAGUACAAAGACCAUUUCAUCAAAUCUCAGUGGGAUCUCACCACUCAACAGAUCUUGCCCUAUAUUGAUGGAUUCAGACACAUCCAGAAGAUCUCUGCUGAAGCGGAUGUAGAGCUGAAUCUUGUGCGCAUUGCAGUGCAGAAUCUACUGUAUUAUGGAGUUGUGACCUUGGUGUCCAUAUUUCAGUACUCCAAUGUUUAUUGCACCACCCCCAAAGUCCAAAGUCUCAUAGAUGACAAGUCCAUUCAGGAAGAGUGCCUCAACUACGUCACUAAGCAAGGUCAGAAGCGUGCGAGUAUAAGAGAUGUCUUCCAGCUGUACUGUGGUCUGAGUCCAGGAACCACAGUCCGAGACCUUUGCUCUCGCUACUCGCAGCAGCUUCAAAGAGUUGAUGAAAGGAGGCUGAUCCAAUUCGGACUGAUGAAGACUCUUAUUCGACGGCUGCAGAAAUAUCCGGUGAAGGUGAACCGAGAUGAGAGGAGCAGGCUGCCUCGACUCUUCACCGGUUGUCAUAGUUAUGAUGAGAUCUGCUGCAAAACAGGGAUCAGUUACCAGGAGCUGGAUGAACGUUUGGAAAAUGAUCCCAACAUUGUGGUGUGUUGGAAGUGACAUGAACAUUGACUGAAAGACACAGAGAUGCCUUUUUUCCGACUGAAUAACAGGAAAAGUGAAGAGAUUUUUUGUAUAUUUUUUGUGAGUGAAGUGUUUUUUUUUUUUUUAACAAAUGUCGUAAUUAAUAAUUAUCAUACAUUUCUGUUCAGAUCAAGAGAGGACGGUCAUAUUUAUUAUUAUUGUACAAAAUAUAAUUUGUGAUUAAUAAAAGACA